AUGCUGACACGCAUAGACGGUGAUUUCCAAUCUAUUUUCUUCCAAGAUCACGAUGCUUUUAUAAUGGAUUCACUCGCCUUGGUCAGACUUUCCCCGUGUGUACUGUCUGCCGGGAAGACUAUGAUAUUCAAUAUUGCACAGGUCGAAAACAAUCAGCUUGGAUCGUGUCGUAUGGAGAUUAGAAAGCUCACUAUUAAACCUCAAGCUUUCAUGGUGUUUCCAAAACCGCAUGAAAUUAGUACAGUAAGUAUGAAUUUUGCUCAACGUUCAAUUCAGGAUCAAACGAAAGCGGCCUUUUAUGACCUAAACACCCUACUUUGGGAAAUGCAGGCUUUAGAAGAAGUUUAUUCUCUCGGGCAGGAUGCUGGAAAAGUGGCGGAACAGUUUGCAACGCACUUCAGUCCCGUGUUUGAUAGAAAAAAGUGGCUCUGUUCAAAUAAUGGGCGAUCAACAGCGCAUGUUAUUUUCGUCAGCGAUUUGGCCUUGAUUGAUCCCGUGGCAUGCAUCGAGCCGUAUACAAAGCCCAAUCAUUUACUCGAUUCGAUUUUCGCGGAGUUGUGUCCUGAUGGGCAUUCGCUACGCGUCACUUGGGAUUCUUUGUGCAGUUGGAUUACUGCAGCUGGCUCGCCUUAUCAGGAGGAAUCUUCGCAGUUCGACAAAUUCACAACGGAUCUCCUCAAUACGCAUAAUCUCAGUGCACAUCCCUUGUUUGAUCGAUACUUGUUAUCAAAGGAACAGGAAGCGCUCACAGCCAUACAGCAAGAAAUUCAAGAUGUGGCAGAUGCUGUCAAUUAUUCUCUACCCGAAUUGACAAAGAUCCCUCGCAACAAGUCCCAAUGGUCGAAAUUGCUUCUACAACAAGUCCAAGAACUGAUGGUACCCAUAUGCGAGUCUGGAAAACUGGACCUGCUUGUCCUGGUGGAGCUUGCGAUGGCUGUCAGUUUGGCAUUUUCGGCUUCUCCCAGCCGGUCUCAAAAGGAAUCUCACACGGAUUCCGAUGGAAGUUUGGUCACCGUGGAAAAAUUGUUGAUGCGUUAUGAACGUUCGCUCAUUGUCGCUAGUCAACUGGACGCGAAGCUGUUGUCCCAACUGGAGGAGCCCACAAAAUGUGAGCCGAUCAUAAUGCAGGCCAUCAAUCAAGCCAGGCAAGCACUUCUUCCUGUCAAUAUGAGACUAACAUAUCUGGAGGAUAUAUUUAUGUUCCUCGUCUACAUUCUGGGUCUGUUACCUGCACAAUAUCCAGUCUCGAAUAUAAUUUGGCGGUCCAUGACUGAUCUGAUGAAAUCUGGUCAACGAGGUCUAGAUCGAAUUGGGUGUGGCAGUGGUCCCCUUAUACCAACUUACAUGUCUGUGGAUAAGUUGAUUCACAAUCUAAAGGAUCUUCUCGAGGAAAGAAGAAAACUUCCCUCUUACAAUCGCUACAUUCCUCUUGGUGGGUCUGGACCACACUCGGUAGAAUCGCAUAACGUGGAUUACGUAAUUAUCGUGAUAAUGGGUAGCGUUCCUUUUGCAUUGGUUCGCGAUCUACUGGAGACUGCUCAGGGUCAUGCGGAUCGCAACCCACCAUUUCAACUAAAAAUCAUCGCAAACAGAUUUAUCGGUGGCACUCCUGGAUUGUCCGGCUUCUUCAAGAUGGAUGAGUAA